UAGGGCGUUGACAUUAGUCGAAGAGGCGAUCGGCUAAGUGAUAUGCGCGUGUGAUAUUUGCGUAGUUUUGCGGUAUCACACCACAUUGCCCUCCCUUGUUAUAAAUUUACCUGAAUUUUGUUAUGAAUUAAUUUAGCCAGAGACAUGUCAAUUAAUCUGACGAAAAACAAAGAUGCCUUGACGGCCGCUUGGCACAGCGUGGUCGAUGAUAAAUCGUCCACUAACUGGGCUUUGUUCGAUUAUGAAGGGCAGACAAAUGAUCUAAAAGUAGUUGGAACAGGAAAUGGAGGAUUGGAAGAAAUGAUUGAUCGAUUGAAUAGCUGUCAUAUUAUGUAUGCAUUUUGCAAAGUCAUUGAUACUAAAACAAGUCUACCAAAAUAUUUGCUUAUUAAUUGGCAAGGAGAAGGUGCUCCAAUUGUUAGGAAAGGAACAUGUGCUAAUCAUAUUAGAGAUGUAGAGAAAUUAUUGAAGGGUGCACAUAUAACAAUUACUGCACGUUCAGAAGAUGAUGUAGAGGUAGAUACAAUUAUGGCAAAACUUGCACGAGCAACAGCCUCUGCAUAUAAAUUUAAUGAACCUCGUGGUGAAAAUGAAGGACAUGCAGGUCCUAUCGGAACAACAUAUCGCCGAGUAAUCCCUGAACAAGAGAUAAACGCAACAGAAAGAGAUCAAUUUUGGCAAAAGGAAGAAAUGGAAGAGAAAAAGAGACUGGAACAAGAACGAUUACGUUGCGAACAAGAACGACAAAAGUUAGAGAAAGAAGUUAGAGCUCGAGAAGAAAAAGAAGCACAACUGAGAGAGCAACAAGUAACCGCUAAAGAAAAUUCGAUCGCGCGGCAAAAGUUGGCCGAACAACGUGCCGAGGAGGCGAAUAACUUACGCAAUCAAUUAGCUGCACAAAAUUAUAACAAUGAUGUCGAGGAUGAUCAUAAAUCACGAAGCGAAGAGCUACGAAGACAGAGGACCAAAGAGACGCAACAAUUGAUAGCUCAAAGAACAAUAAAUGCUAGAGCGGUAUUUGAACAGAACUCGGCGGCUGGUCAAAUGAAAACAAGUCCUAUUCAACAAUUUUUACCUAAAAACAAUCACGUAGAGUCUGUGAGAAAAGCAUUAGAAGACACUCAGAUAAAGGAGCCUGUAAAAUCUUGCGAGGAAACAUCGGUCGAAGAGACAAAACUUACAAAUGUGGAGACAGUGACAACUUCAUCAUCUGCAGUGCCUCAAUCUCAAAACGCUAAUCAGGAAUCGAAAACAACAGUGAAGAAUUUACAAUCGCAAUCCGAACAACCAAUAGAAACUAAGGAACAAGUCACUGAAAAUGAAUUGUACAAUCAGUUCGAUGGCCCGUAUUUAUAUUUCGAUCCGAAUAACGAGGGAAUGAAAGCCAGAGCUUUAUACGAUUAUCAAGCAGCUGAUGAUACGGAAAUCACUUUUGAUCCUGGAGAUAUAAUUACGCAUAUAGACGCUAUCGAUGAAGGUUGGUGGCAAGGGCUUGGGCCUGAUGGGACUUAUGGACUCUUUCCUGCUAAUUAUGUUGAAGUCAUUGACUAUACCACAACAUGAUAGAACAAUAACUUUAAAAGAAAUGAAUGAGAAAUUCUUUUUCGUUCUUUUCUUCUCUUCAUAAUUAUCCGUUUGGAAAAAUUAAUACGCAAUCCUAUCCUUGAUGAUUACAACUAUGUCUUUAAAUAUAAACCAUGUCAUAUGAUAAUGACUAGAGAACAUUUUUGUGACAAAUGCGCUUAGCAUAUUUGAUAGCAAUUGAGAAAUGUUUCCACAAUGUUUUGCGCCUUCCAUAUCAUUGUUUAAUCGUAAGAUAUUUAUCCGAGAAGUAUACACAGUUGAUCUUUCAAUUAGUAAAACCUUAUAUUUGAUUAAAAUGUUAAUUAUCCAUCGACAUAGAGUGUAUGUCUUCCGAGCGGGUCAUACAGCUUUUAUCCGAUAAUUAAUCGAUAUUACAUAAAUAUAUAUCUUUUUAUAAUACCUGUAGAUGCCGAUGUAGCAAUAACUAAGAACCUUAUAAUGUCCACAGAACUGUGUCAUACAAAAUUGUAAUAACUAGUUAUU